GCCCCCGCCCCUUAAGGCAGCCGGGGCCGCCUUCCCGCGGCGUUGAGGUCCGGGAGAAGAUGGCGGCGGCCGCCGGCUGGGCCCUGCUGGGCCUGGCGCUGUGGCUGUGCGCGGCGGCCGGGGCUGCUGAGACAGAGGGGAAGCGGCGGGCGGGGCCGGCCAAGAAGAAGGACAUUCGGGACUACAACGACGCGGACAUGGCUCGGCUGCUGGAGCAGUGGGAGAAAGAUGAUGACAUUGAAGAGGGGGAUCUUCCUGAACACAAGAGGCCUCCAGCACCAAUAGAUUUCUCAAAAAUUGAUCCAGGCAAGCCUGAAAGUAUCCUGAAGCUGACAAAAAAGGGGAAGACUUUGAUGAUGUUUGUCACGGUAUCGGGAAAUCCCACAGAAAAGGAGACGGAAGAAAUCACUAGCUUGUGGCAGGGCAGUCUCUUUAACGCAAACUAUGAUGUGCAAAGGUUUAUCGUUGGCUCAAAUCGUGCCAUCUUUAUGCUACGUGAUGGUGGUUACGCCUGGGAGAUCAAAGACUUUCUGAUAAACCAAGAAAGGUGUGCGGAUGUUACUCUGGAAGGUCAGGUUUAUCCUGGCAAAGGAGCAGAAGAAAGUGAGAAAGUGAAAAACAAAACAAAACCUGAAAAAGCAAAGAAGAAAAAAGAUGGAGACAAGAAAUCUAAUAGCAUCAAAGAGGACAACCGAGCAACCAAACAGAGAGAAGAUCUAUGAUGGAUGCGUUAACCAGACUGAACACUGCUCUGCUGUUCCUCGAACGGAAAUUUAAAUUUCCAUGUGGUUCCUGGCUUUAUUGGGGGGGAAGGAAGGAAGCAGAGAUUACUGAGGUUAAAAGACUUCUAUGUUGAAAUUC